AUCACUUUUUAUUUGAAGUUCAACUGGAGUUUUGUUAUUUUUUGUCUUACCAUUUCAUUUGAGAUUGGGUAUUGUUUUCUUAAUCUUUAUAGGAGGUAUUUUAAAACUACGUUCACAAUUAUUCAUUAAUUUACAAAAUGGCAAAUUUACCAAUUGUUUCUAUUACACGUCGUGAAACUUUUAGUUCCUGCCACAGGUUGCAUAGUCCAUUUUUAAGCGAUGAAGAAAAUAAAAAGUUGUUUGGUAAAUGUAAUAAUCCUAAUGGUCAUGGACACAAUUAUGUUGUACUGGUGACUGUUAAAGGACCAGUAGAUCCUCAAACUGGUAUGGUGAUGAAUGUCCAUGAUCUGAAACAGUACAUGCAGCAGGCAAUAAUGGACCCACUAGAUCAUAAAAAUUUAGACCAGGAUGUUCCAUAUUUUAGAACUGUGGUAAGCACAACGGAAAACUUAGCAAUAUUUAUUUGGGAUCAAUUGCAAAAAAUUAUGGAUAAGCCUCAACUAUUACACGAAGUUAAAAUAUUAGAAACUGAAAAGAAUCAUGUAGUUUUCCGUGGUGGAUCAACAUACCGGAGGAAGAAAUUUGACUCAUCCAGUUUACACCCAAAUCACCAUGAUGUCUCAUCUGACUCUGACUGAUUUAUAGCUAACACUAUGAUUUAAAUCGAAUUUAUUUUAAUGAUCUGAUAUUUUUAUAUCAUUGUAUUUUUUUAAUCAAUGUUUGACAACAUUCCGCUUAGCAAUAUUUUUUUAGACUAAGAUUAAGUGGAACGCUUCCCAUGACAACUAUAAAUUAGUAACUAUUAAUAAAAAUGGUAGAAAAAUUUGUGUAAAAUAAAAA